GUUUUUAUCUCUUCCCAUUCCAUUAGAGUGAUAGGCUUUAUCUUUCAUCACUGUCAAAAUUCAUCCAACGUCCAAGAUCUCUUCUGCAAAGAGUUACCCACAAUUCUCUCAGACUCAUUGGCCCACCGGAUACCGAGUGGAUGGAUAGAACCUCCAAGAUUGCGAGAGCAAAAGCUCAGCCAAAACUUGCACAAACUCACCCAUGGCUUCCCUCUCUUGUACUACCUCCAUUAAUCUCACCCCAAGAUCCUUCAAUUCUCGCCCCCCAUUCAAAUUAGCUUCCCAUUUUCUUGGUCUUCAGUCCAACCUUCGAUGGCUCUCACCCCUCUCCAUUGGACCCUCCAAUGGGUCUAGAGCAACUUGCUGGUUCAAUUUAAGGCAAAAUGCCGAGGGUGCAGGCAUUUAUGGCAGCCAGUCCCGAGAUGAUUUCAACAGAGAUGAUGUUGAGCAGUAUUUUAACUACAUGGGAAUGCUGGCUGUAGAAGGAACAUAUGACAAAAUGGAAGCUCUUUUGAGCCAAGACAUUCACCCAGUGGACAUUUUGUUGAUGCUGGCUGCCUCAGAAGGAGACAAACCAAAACUUGAGGAGCUAUUGAGAGCUGGGGCUAGUUAUGAUGUGAAAGAUGUAGAUGGUCGAACUGCCAUUGAUAGAGCACUUAACGAAGAAAUUAAGGAUUUUAUUCUCAAAUUUUCUGCUAAAAAGGCAUGAUUUUGGUUGGAAGUUGCUCUGUUUUGAUAGGUUCUAGAAAGAGGUUGUUUAAGAUUUGUAUUUUCACUGCCUUCUGAUGUUAAUUAUAUUGUGUUAAAUAUAAGCCUGUCUUUAUCAAUUA